AUGUCUGGAAGUAACCGCCAAAGUCUUUCUGAACGUCGGCGAAGCUCAGUCAGGUUUUCAGAGGGCACUUUUGCCCCUUCAAACAUUGAUGAUAUGCCCGACGGUGACGCCCUCCGCAGAUCCUUCCGAGACCGACCAGCAACACCUGCUGCCAGCAUGCUGCCCGGUGCCUACUUCCCAACUCCUUCAGAGCCUGAUACACCCAUUGAGGAAACCGAUCCCGAUGCCCAACGCACUCAAGAUCAUUCCCCCUCAUCCCAUGUAUCCUCUUUACCUGCCACUCAGUCCGAGCCCAAACCCAACACCCGACUUAGGUCUUCUUCCGAGAGCAUUCACACUCGGCCGCAAGCAUCCUACUCGCAGAAACCCAAGCAUGACUUUGAGUCUAAUAAGACUGAUCUAGCUGUCGAAUAUUUCACCCAGGCCUCUGGGCCCACUUAUCAACCUCCUUAUCCACCUCAAUCCUUUGUGCCUCAGCCUUCCUCCACAAACUUUGCCCAAGAUUCGCUUCAAACUCGCCCCGAUGGGCUCUCCAAUGGGCGGCCUCCUUUUUCUCGUGCGAAUGAAGGUAUUCCGCAGACCCGCUUAACUCGAAGAUCAACUCUUGAUGGACAACCACCUAGUUAUCCUGAGAGAACUUACUACAACCAUGAUUAUCGUAAUUCUGACUAUACCGAUCAAGCACUGGCUAAUUCUCUCCAAGCUGCCUCCCAAGUUUCAUCCACUCUACCCCAAUCCAAUGGCAUGUAUACACCAGGCGAGGGAUUGAGAGCGUUGCAAGAUGAAGAACUACGGGGCCAUGACAGCCCAAACAAACCAUGUGAUCUUGAGUCUGGCUAUCCGGUGCUCAAUUUACCUGGGGACGAUGAAGCUAGACACGCAGAUCCUCGGCACCGGACCUCCCAGCCUACCAAACCAUCAUUGCGCAGGGCGACCACUGAAGAUGUCGUCGAAAAGGAACCGAACAGGAAGGCGGCGGACAUCGUAGGCUCUCAUAUCAAACGCCGUCGCGGAAAGCCGGUUGAGAAAGUCGGGCUCCACCCUCCUUCGUUGCCAGAAGAGUACGACGAUGAAUUCGAUGAGCCUCCUCCGGUUUCAUCGGUAAAGGGCGGCGUACUCUCCCAUCUUUUAGAGCUUUACGGCAACAACAGAGCUGGCCCCAUCGAACGAUCCGGUUCAGCAACCUCCGCCACCACCUAUGCUGGCGAAAGUGUUGCGACCAGUCGACAAGUCUCCACGGACUCGCGUGUCGUUCAACGGAAGAUCCCCUUUGUUUCUCCUUGGAACCCUGACGAAAAACUUUAUUCUCAGUCGCCCCCGAAGUCCGAACUUCACAAACACGUCCAGUCUUCCAAACGGAACCGGAAAGCCCGUGAUUCAGAUGGCGGCGAGAGCGACGCAGCAAGUGCGCGAAGUCUUUACUCCGUCAAAACCUUUCGCGAAGUUGUCGAUGCCGUUCAGGGCAAAUUCCAUCAUCGCAAGACUAAGAACCGAGAGCGAAGAGCUACUAUUACCAGGCACGUAGCAGAUAUUUUGAAAAGACAAAACUUCAUUCUCAAGCUUGCAAAAGCUUUGAUGACGACUGGCGCUCCGAGUCACCGUCUCGAAUCCCAACUUAACGCCACCGCCCGAGUGCUAGAGAUAGAUGCACAAUUUGUUCAUCUGCCGUCGAUUGUUAUUGCCACGUUUGGCGAUGCUGACACUCGGACGUCCGAAACUCACUUCGUCAAGGCCAGUGGUGGGAUCGAUCUUGGACAACUUCACCGUGUCCACAGUGUCUACAAGUCUGUAGUUCACGACCAUACUGGAGUUGGGCAAGGAAGCGCAGCUCUCCACAAGAUCUUGAACGAAAGUCCACUCUAUAGCCCUUGGCAAAGGAUGGUCAUUGCGUUCUUCUGCUGUGGCACCAUUGCUAUCUUGGGUUUUGCCGGAAGCUUUGUCGAUGGGUGGGUGGCCGGUGUCUUCGGUAGUUUCUUGGCGUUCAUGCAGUUGAAGGCAUCCACCAAUCAGAUGUACUCCAGCAUCUUCGAGAUUUCGGUGGCGACAAUCGUUUCUUUCAUUUCCAGAGGCCUCUCGACUACCAACUUCUUCUGCUAUGAGUCCCUCUCAUCCGCUGGAGUGGUGCUGAUCUUGCCUGGUUACGUAAUUCUGUGUGGUUCGUUGGAAUUGGCCUCAAAAAACUUGAUUGCUGGCUCUGUUAAGAUGGUUUACGCUGUGAUUUACUCUCUUUUCCUUGGAUUUGGAAUCUCCAUAGGAUCCGACUUUUACUACCUCUUGGAUCCAAAAGCACGUCAUUUUACCGAGAUGCAAUCAGCUACACGUGUCUACACUUUGUCGGGGUCAUUCAGCGGAAUGAACGGGACUAUUCCUGGCAUGGUUGGAGACUUCACCUUCUCGAAUGGCACUGGAUCCGGUGAAGGGGGACUUCACCAAGGGCGGAUUCAAUGUUACCGAGAGCCUCAAUGGGAGUGGUGGAGACAAUCUGCAAGCCCAUAUUGGUCUUUCCUGCUCGUUCCAAUGUUUUCUUUCUUCUUGAGUCUCUGGAACUUGCAACCCAUCUGGACGAAGCAAAUGCCGGUGAUGAUUAUCAUUGCAUGCAUCGGAUGGGUUUGCAAUUACUUUGCCAAUCAAUUUAUUUUUGAUCGAUCCGACGUUGUCUCCUUCUUGGGCGCGUUUGUGAUUGGUCUCUUGGGCAAUAUGUACUCGCGAAUUUUCAAAGGGACGGCUUUUACUAGUAUGGUCACUGGUGUCCUUUUCUUGGUCCCCUCGGGGAUUGCAGCGGCAGGUGGUCUUGCAAUGACUUAUCACUCCAACUCAGGGGAUUCUUACAGCAAUGGGCUGAUCAUCGGUUUCCGUAUGGUCCAAGUCGCCAUCGGUAUCACUGUCGGCUUAUUCUUCUCAUCCUUUGUCGUUUACUCUUUCGGCCGCGGAAAGUCGACCGCAACAUUCACAUUCUGA